CUCCUUGUGGUAUUUCACUUCGUUGAUGAUAAUUGAAAUAGUUUUACAGUGGUAGAGUAGUAUGGUUGGUACUUUGGAAUGGUAACUGAUGGCCUGAGCGGCUGACGCAAGAUACUCGUAUGCUCAUUAGCGGCGCUGGCGAUACGGUUUGACACGCGCGGCACACGGCGCAAAUUCCCAGAUUGCCGCGCUGCAACGGGAACUGGGAGCUCGCUGCCACCUAACUGCAAGUUCGCACAUGGAAGGCAAACUUGGACCGGGUUAAUUCCUGCAGCACAUAGCACAGGCCCCUUACGAUUUAUCUGCCAUAUCUUGGAUCUCUAUUCAACCACCAGCAUUGUAUGGCAUCCAUGUCUUCAUAACCGUAUUGGCGUAUUUUUCUUGGAUCUUGGGCGUCUCCUGGAUUUCGGUUUGGUCUUCAUGCAUCAGUGACCCAACUCCACCCCCGGCGCAAUGGGUCCCAUCGAGAUCAACAAGCGACGAACAUUCUUGCUGCUGGCGGCAGUUCUAGCCUUUGUUAUCUUAUAUCAUGGCCUGACACUGUUCGAUGGCAAUAGCCUCAAAGAUGCCGCGUCUCACAUUUCCCUUCCGAAGCCAUCGAGGCCGACCGCGCAUAAGCCUCCCACCGAGCCCGAGCCCGAGCCCGAGCCCGACGAAUCGUUGGAUCAUGAGGCGGAAUCUUCGCCUUCUCCCAGUCCCAAGCCUGCGCAGCAGGGGCCUCUCCAUCCUAUCGAGCGGUUGAUGCAAGAAGCCGAUAAACGAUGGAGGACAUACGAGUCUGAAAGAUCUACAACCUUCGGACAGGUGGUGGAGAAAUACAGGAGCAAAUAUGGCAGACAUCCGCCCCCUGGCUUCAAAGAUUGGUACAAUUUUGCGCGCGACAAGGAUGUUUUCAACCUCGACGACUUUGAGCAGAUCAUGGACGACCUUCGUCCAUUUUGGGCCAUUCCCCCAGCCGAGAUUCGCUCCCAGGCUGCGCACAUGGCAGAUGAUCCCAAGUUCGGCGUCGCUGUCAUCCAUAUCCGCAAUCACAAAGUCGUCGGCGUCGACAAUGGGAGCUGGAGGUCCGAGACCAUGGUAGAGAUGAUCAACACCUUCAUCAAGCACCUCCCGGACAUGGACAUUGCAAUGAACAGGUUGGAUCAGCCGCGUGUCGUGGUGCCGUGGGAGGAUAUGCAAAAAUUGCUGCAACAGGAGUACGAGGCUCGCAAAAUGCCUCCUGAAGCGAUAGACAGUUUCUCCAAGGACCAAGUGAUGCCGCUGGUUGCUGUGGCCGACACCAAAUUUAUGGAAAGAGAAGAAUCAAACCCCGUGGAUGUCGUGCCCGAAGAUAAAACAGAGGACAGUUCGACCGUUCCGGACUAUGGGUGGUUCUUCGCUCCCGGCAAGCAGUACAUGGAUAUCGCUGCGAAAGCCUGCCCGCCAGGAUCUCCUGCUCGGUCACACAUGACCGUUGACGAGACUGACAAGCUGUACAAAGAAUCAACCGUAGGCUUCGUCAGCAACUUUAAUCUGUCGUCGGAUCUUUGCACGGUCGGACCAACGAUCCAAAACCUCCAUGGCUUGCUGUACUCAGCCAGCAGCAUCAUCGCCUCCCACAAGCUGGUGCCCAUCUUUGGGGAAUGUAAGGUGAACGUCAACAGUGACAUCCUGUUUCCUGCCAACAUGUAUUAUCGACACGACGACCGGUACGAUUAUGAUCCCUCGGAGGACUUCGACUGGCAGGAUAAACGGAACCGGAUCAUCUGGCGCGGUGUCACUUCUGGCGGAGUCCAGACAGCAGACAACUGGCAGACGAUGCAUCGACAAAGGCUGGUGCAGCUCUUCAAUGGCACACAUUUGGCACAGUCGGGCAAAGAAGUAAAGGUGUUGAGGGAGAAGGGGAAUGGGAAUACAAAGUAUACGUACGAACCCUAUGACAAAUUUCAGCCAUCACAAUACGCUGAGCAGCACUCGGACAUUGGAUUCGUUGAAUCCUGGGGAUGCGUGCCCGACUGUUCCUUCUACGACACCGUCUUCUCGUGGAAGCCACAGGUCUCGCUCGGCGCACAAUUCAAGUCCAAAUACUUGAUCGAUGUGGACGGCCACUCAUUCUCGGGCCGCUGGCGUGCGUUCUUAGAGAGCAAAAGCCUGGGGUUGAAAGCAACCAUCUUCCGUGAAUGGCACGAUAGUCGGCUUUUCGCCUGGAGACAUUUUGUGCCGGUCGACAACCGGUAUGACGAUUUAUAUGCAUUGAUGACCUACUUUACCGGGUACGGAUACCCUGGGGUCGAGUAUGCCACUGAGGGUGAAGAGACCAACCCGGACGUGCGCAUUGCACGACAUGACAAACAGGCUCAAAAACUCGCCCUCCAAGGGCGCGAGUGGGCCAACAAAGUCCUCAGAAGAGAAGAUAUCGAGGUUUAUAUGUUUCGGCUGCUCUUGGAAUAUGGCCGCAUCAUUGACGACAAUCGAGAUUAUAUUGGAUAUUCGGGCGAUGGCAGUGAGUUGGAUAAAUAUGAUGACAAGGACAUUUCGGGGAAGAGUGGCUGGUUUGGUCGCUUGAGUGCUGGCUGGAGCAAAGGUUGAGUGUUGGACAAGUGACUGCUUUCAGCGGGGACAACAACAGCAAUGGCAAUCUGGGGCAGAUUCCCAUCAUAAGUAUAUCGAGGUGGAACAAAAAGGCCCUGGGGAGCCUCCACACACAGUCAGCAAGGCUGGGCAGGGCAGCACCGAGUGCACCGACAGCAGCGCCCCACAGCCUCGCACUCGGACUCGGACACCACGGGCUCCGCAACAACCAACAAAAGUCCCACGGGUUUCAGACACAAGGGCUUCUCCUUUCAUGGCAUCGUGCCUCUGCCCUACACACAGGCACUGCUCCGUGCUAGGCUCAACAAAGAUCAUCAGAAGAGAUCAAGCAUCCGCUGGCUAGCCGUGCGUUAUUCGAGUCUGCAGCGGAAUGGCCUUUGGCCGACUGAACAUUACGAGUCAGCUACCGCUUUGCGACGUCCCACACUGUACUGGCAUUCAACCGACGAUGGGAUACCAGUAGCCUAGACGAUCAAGACGCUGUGGUUGGACCGGUUGGAAACAAAUAUCGUGGUGGUGGAAGGAUCGAAACUAACAAUAUGGGCUGGACCCAAUUCCGAGCGUAAAUCAAAUAACUUAAUAAGGAGCUGUGAUUGGCUUCAGCGUAUAUAGGUAUAUUCCAAGCAGAUCAUAAUACUCACUGAGAACGAGAACUUCCCGC